AUGAAUUCUUUAACCUUGAGGUUUAAUGAUUAAGAAUUUGAGAGGCACUAUAAAAUAUCUAGAUAAAUUUUGCUAAAUUAAUCCUUCUUCCAGCAGAAGAUACUCCUUAUGAUAUUACUUAUUUUAUAGGUUGCCGAUAACGCUCUAAGUGAAUCCUGGGUUGAAUUGAUUUAUAAUACAAUCGGACUGAUGAUCAUUUUGCUCAGCCACUAUUUCAGAUUUUACUUGCAGGAAUUUCAAGAACUCUGCAUUUUGAUCACCAUUUUGAUAUAUAACAUCUAAUAGCCGAUAGAUUUACUCCUAAGAGGUAGAUUGAUCAACAAUUAUUUUUCAAAUGGCUACUUCAUUUCUUUAGCCACUCUUGGAGUUAUUUCUCCAAUGGACUUUCUUAAGAAGUUAUCGAUAGCGAUUAUAAUUUUGAUUGUUCAUUUAAUCUCGAGUAUUUAAAAUGAUUUAUCUUGGAGAUAAUUGAUAAUUUAUAUCAUAUCAGAUGUGAUAAUAGUGUAUUACUUUUAUAUUUCAGAAAAAGAGUCACGAAUAACCUAUAUAGGAAUUAAAAAUAAGAAUAUUAUAGAAGAACAUUUUUAUAAAGAAAUGGACCUAUAAUCAUUUAUAGUUCACUACAAUAACUAACAAAACUCAUUCAAUCUGAUUGAAUAGAACUAAAAUAAGGAGAUAAAUGAGGAAACCCAAUUCAAUUUUAUUUAGUUGAUACGAAAAAUACGGGUGAUGGUAGGCUAUUAGGGGACCAAACUUUCUGAAUUUUAUUCUUAAGAGCAACUCAAUAUUUGUAGGAAAUUGAAUCUAGAGUAGUUCUUAUUCUACCUCUUUACAAAUGAAGAAAAAUUAUAAUAUUUGAUUUACAACAAAUCCAAAACCUAAUUUUAUUAACUUAUUGGAUUGAUUGAUUCGGAUGUCAAUCACAUUAAAAUAAUCAAAACCUUUGACACUGAACCUUGUGUCAUUAUUCUUAUCAAACAAAACAAAAAGGAAGCUCAAAAAUAAUAAAUCAAACUUAAGCUCAAAAUUGCAAAUAAACUUAUUGAUCAAGCUUCUCAAACUGUACAACAAUAAUUGAGAUUGUCACUCAUAUAUUUGAAACAACUACUAAAUAAUCAAAUAACUCAUUAAAUUUCAUUACACAAAUUUGAUAUUAAUUUGUUGAUGAAAUUAAUAAAUAGUAAAGCAAUAAAAGUAUAUAACGAUUUAAAUAAUAUAUCAGACUUUCAUGAUAUAAAUGGAAAAUUUAAUAAAAUAGAAUCCACAUAAUUCAAUAUCGAAAAAAUAAUCUAAGAAUGUAUAAUGAUUAUCAAAUACUACAAUUCCAAACAACAAUUACCUUUGAAUUUUCUUUCCAAACUUAAGCAAAAAUGGAUCUUCUCGGAUCAGAAAAAACUUAAAUAAUUAAUCUUAAAUGUACUCUUUUUUCUUUCCAAGACUUGUACAAACAUAAAAAUCAAUUUGAUUGAAGAUAACUGCAAUCAAGAAAUUAAUGUCAAUGAAACUAUCUUAUUAAUUGACAUUCAAUUCUAAGGUCUUGCUCUUACUUAAGAAAAACUUAAUAACUUUCCCAUAAUUAACCCACAAAACAUAGAGGAACUAAAGCAUAAUAAUAACAAACAACUAGAACUGGAGAUACCAAUUGCCCUAAUGAUAGUUCGAUAACUUGGGCCAUUCAAUUAGAUUAAGUUUAAAUAAGGAACCAAGAAUCAAACCAAUUUCAUACAAUUUUAUUUAUUUUAGGAACUUUAAGAGUUUAAUCUUAUACCUAUCAUUUCACUCCAUCCUAAAGAAUAUUUGAUCACUCAUUAAAAAUUUGUGAAAAAGCAAUCUUAAACCUAUAAAAUAUUAGAUCUACCCAAUAAGACUAUUGAAAUACAAAUGAACACUUUUAGAAACUUAAAUGAUAAAAUGAUUACUAGAUUCUGA